UACUUCUUUCUUGGGAUGUAUAAACAAGCUGAAGCAGCUGGAUUUAAAGCUCCAAAAAGCCGGCUCCAAAAUCGCCUGCUCUUCCACUCACAAUUUUAGUUUAAUGAUGAGAAAAAAUUGAUGAACUUUCAUCAGAACCUUCAGGAUAUCACAGAAGAUCAACUUAGUUUGGCCUCAAUCCACUAUAUGCGAUCUCACUACCAAGAAGCUAUUGAUAUAUAUAAGCGAAUACUGCUAGAUAACAGGGAAUACCUUGCCCUCAAUGUUUAUGUGGCCCUCUGCUACUACAAGUUGGAUUACUAUGAUGUGUCUCAAGAAGUUCUGGCUGUUUACCUUCAGCAAAUUCCCGAUAGCACCAUCGCACUCAAUCUUAAGGCCUGCAAUCAUUUUCGCCUUUACAACGGCAAAGCAGCCGAGGCAGAACUCAAAAGCUUGAUGGACAAUGCUUCUUCGUCCUUUGAAUUUGCUAAAGAACUCAUCAGGCACAAUCUGGUGAAUAAUGGUUUCCCGAUCUUAUCUUUUGGAGAACUGCUUCAGAAGAGUUUGCUGGAAUACAGACUAGUAUAACGACUUAUUUUUUAUAUUUCAGAUGAUGUACAAGAAGCUUAUAACUUAAUUAAGGAUCUGGAACCUACUACCCCUCAGGAGUAUAUCCUCAAAGGAGUGGUUAAUGCAGCCCUUGGCCAGGAAAUGGGUUCAAGAGAUCAUUGAAAGAUAACUUUCAGUUUCAUGAAUAUAUGUGGUUUCUUUUCCCACUCCAUUUCAGACACAAUACCAGGGAGGCAGUGCAUGGCUUCUUGUUUCUUCCUGCUUAAGCAAUUUGAUGAUGUCUUAAUUUACCUCAACUCAUUUAAGAGUUACUUCUAUAAUGAUGACAUCUUUAAUUUUAAUUAUGCCCAAGCCAAAGCUGCAACAGGAAAUACCAGAGAGGGUGAAGAGGUAUUCCUCUUGAUCCAAAGUGAGAAGAUAAAGAAUGAUUACAUUUACCUCAGUUGGUUAGCUCGGUGCUAUAUUAUGAAUAAGAAACCAAGACUAGCCUGGGAACUUUAUCUCAAGAUGGAAACCUCUGGCGAGUCCUUUAGUCUCUUACAGCUCAUUGCUAAUGACUGCUACAAGAUGGGCCAGUUUUACUAUUCAGCCAAAGCUUUUGAUGUCCUAGAGAGACUGGAUCCCAACCCUGAAUAUUGGGAAGGCAAAAGGGGUGCCUGUGUGGGCAUUUUCCAGAUGAUCUUAGCUGGCAGAGAGCCCAAAGACACCCUUCGAGAAGUGCUCCAUUUACUGAGAAGCACGGGUAAUACUCAAGUAGAGUACAUCAUCCGGAUCAUGAAGAAAUGGGCCAAAGAAAACAGAGUGCCUAUCUAA